AUGAUCACUGUAAUUCUUACACUUAUAGCGAAACACGUUGCAGGAGUCACUUUUGAUCCUCACCACCACCACCAUCAUCAUAUGCAUUCCAAUAGUAUAACUUCACUAUCAAUAACACCAACUUUAGUGGCUCGAGAUGCCACUGAAGAUUCGAUGCCAACUUUAUCAACUGGUGAACCAACACUUUCUAUAACUCAUAUACCAGUCCUGAAUAAUCCAUACGUAUAUGUUUCAAAUUUACCUUCCAAUUUGGUGUUCAUUGUUAUUGGAGCCAUUUUCGGAGCCAUUUUGUUACUGAUUAUAUUAUAUCGAAUAACCACUCAUUUUAAAUAUAAUCGGCAAGCUAUGAAUGAAAAAGAAACUUAUUACACCAAUUUAAAUGAAAUAUUGAAUUACAAAAGUCCUUAUUCAAGAAAUUCUUCAAUUUUGGACCUCAACAAUAAUACAGAUUUAUCAACAUCGUCAACAUCAUCAAAUCAAGGUCGUUCUUAUCGUGAUAGUAUUUUAGGAAAUAAUAAACCAAUAAUGAAAAAAACCCCUUCAACUUCAAGAAAUUCCAUGUUUAUUAGUCCAACAAUGGAUUUUAAAACAUUUGAAUUGCCAUUAUAUCAAAAACAACAUAAUGCUUCCCUGGCAUCAUUGAUAUUACGAUACAAUAAUAAUAAUAAUAAUAAUAAUAAUAAUACUGAUAGUAGUACUAUUGUUUCCACUGCAUUUGAUGAGAAAAGUAGAAUUACCACCACUACUGUAGCUGAUGGUAAUGAGUCAUCGAUCAAUGGGUCUACUAUAAAUGGAUCAUUUUUAGAUGGUGGGAAAUUGGCUCCACCUAAAAGAGUUGUACGGGCACCUAGUUUAUAUCUUGAAGAUUUGUUAAAUGAUAAAUCAAAAGAGGAUAAAGAGGAAGGAGUAUAA